AUGAUACUAUAUUCCAACAACACAAGGACCCAAGUGACUGAAUUCCUGAUGAUCUGCUUCCCAGAAAUGCAGGACACACAGCACUGGUUUUCUUUAGUCCUGGCUCCUCUCCUGGUUUUGGCUCUUGGUGCCAACUUUGUGCUAUUGCUAGCCAUCCAACGGGAAGCAUCUCUGCACGAGCCCAUGUACUACUUUCUCACCAUCCUCUCCUUGCUGGAUGUCAUCCUCUGCCUCACGGUCAUCCCUAAGGUCCUGCUGAUCUUCUGGUUCAACAUGAAGCCCAUCAGCUUUGCGGGCUGCUUCCUGCAGAUGUUCAUCAUGAAUACAUUCCUUCCCAUGGAGUCCUCCACCUUUAUGGUCAUGGCCUAUGACCGCUAUGUGGCCAUCUGCCACCCACUGCGCUACCCCUCCAUCAUCACUGAACAGUUUGUCAUCAAUGCAGCUAUCUUCAUUAUCUUCCGCAAUUUGCUGGCCACACUGCCCACACCAGUUCUGGCCGCUAGGCUCAACUACUGUGCUGGCAAUGUGAUAGAGAACUGUAUCUGUGCCAACAUUUCUGUAGCAAGGCUCUCCUGCGAGGAUAUACGCCUAAACAAACUCUACCAGUUUGUCAGUGUUUGGUGCCUAUUGGGUUCUGAUCUGGUACUCAUAUUGCUGUCCUACUGCCUCAUUCUGAGAGCUGUUAUGCGACUUCAGUCAGGAGGUGCAGCCACCAAGGCGUUAAGUACUUGUGGUUCCCAUCUCAUACUUAUACUUUUCUUUUAUACCUUGCUACUAGUCUUCAUCUUCACAAACAAGGCGGGAAAGAAAGUGCCCUCCGAGGUCCCCAUUCUUCUCAAUGUCUUGCACCACCUCAUCCCACCAGCCCUGAACCCUAUUGUUUAUGGAGUACGAACCCAGGAAAUCAAACAAGGGAUUGUCAAACUGUUUAAGUACCAACGCUAA